CUAACCGGGAGGGGCGGGGUGGGGGACGGGACGGCGUGCAGGAGCCGGAGGCCGGCUGUCUGCUCGGCUCCACCUCGGUUGACAUGUCCCGCCAGGCUAAAGACGAUUUCCUGCGGCACUACACAGUCUCCGACCCCCGGAACCAUCCGAAGGGCUACACCGAGUACAAAGUGACCGCUCAGUUCAUCUCUAAGAGGGACCCGGAGGACGUCAAAGAGGUGGUGGUCUGGAAGCGGUACAGCGACUUCCGGAAGCUGCAUGGAGACCUGGCCUACACCCACCGGAACCUCUUCCGUCGCCUUGAGGAAUUCCCUGCUUUCCCCCGAGCCCAGGUGUUUGGGAAGAUUGCUGGGCAGCCGGCUGCGCAGAUCCUCUCAGGCAGAACCAGGAAAAGUGGUGUGAGGGCCACAGGCCUCUGUGUGUCACUGCUUCUCUCCACAUCCCUUGUUUUGGGGGCUGCAGGCCGGUUUGAAGCCUCAGUGAUUGAGGAGAGACGGAAGGGGGCUGAGGACUUGCUUCGCUUCACUGUGCACAUCCCUGCACUCAACAAUAGCCCCCAACUCAAGGAGUUCUUCCAGGGUGGGGAGGUGACGCGGCCCUUUGAAGUGUCCAGGGACCUGCGCAUCCUGCCACCCCCUCUGAUCCCCACACUGCCCCCUGAUGAACCCCGGCUGCAGCCAGAGGAGCCCUGGUUGCCCCAGCUGCUCCCUGCCGAGAGGAGGGGCCUCGAGGAGUUGGAGGUGCCAGUUGACCCCCUGCCGUCCAGCCCUGCGCAGGAGGCCCUGGAUCUGCUCUUUAACUGUGGGAGCAUCGAGGAGGCGUCCAGUUCCCCUGCCCAAGGGCACCUCACCGAUGCUGAGCUGGCCCUUUUCGACCCCUUCUCCAAGGAAGAAAGUGCAGGCCCCAGUCCUACCCACGUAAGUGAGUUGGCAGCGAUGGAGACAGAGUCCGAAAGGCUUGACCAAGAACCCUGGGAGCCAGGAGGGCAGGAGGAGGAAGGCAUACCUGCCCCCCCCUACCUGAGCCAGGCCACAGAGCUCAUCACCCAGGCCCUGCAGGAUGAGAAGGCAGGAGCCUACCCCGCAGCUCUGCAGGGCUACCGGGAUGGGGUGCACAUCCUGCUUCAGGGAGUUCCUGGUGACCCAUCACCUGCCCGCCGGGAGGGUGUGAAGAAGAAGGCAGCUGAGUACCUGAAGCGGGCAGAGGAAAUCCUGCACUUGCACCUGUCCCAACUCCCACCAUGAGAGGGAGUGGUCCUUCCUCAGGACUCUAGCUCCAGCACUGCCAGCCAUCCCCUUCUCUUCUCCCUGGGGCCUGGCCCUGUCUCCUGGUCUUGUAACUCCAGGGGCCAUUGCUGUAUGUAACUGGACCAAGAAAGAAAAAUAAUGAAUCCUCAGCUCCCUGGUCACACCUGCCACCUUGUAAACAGAGACUCACAGUUCUGAUCCUGCCUGUCUUGAUGUGUGGGCAGCAGCUCUGGUUACUCAACUAUCUGUUCACCCAUCUAGAACCGGGGUCUGCAAACUUCAGCCUGCAGCCAAAUGUGGCCUGCUGCCUUUUUUUUGUAAAGCCAUGAGCUAGUUUUUGCAUUUUUAAUAGUUGAAAAAAAUCGAAAGAAUAUUGUGACAGGUGAAAGUACUUGAAAUUUAAAUACCUAAAAAUAAAACUUUGUCAGAACACAA